GCGCUUCCGCAGGUGGCCAGCCCCAGGCGAGCGGCUUCCGCUUCCGGUGUCCUUGUUUCCCGGUGCGAGGUGAAGGGACCAGAGGCAAGAUGCUGCGGAACCUGCUGGCUCUUCGGCAAAUUUCCCAGAGGACCAUAAGCACUGCUUCACGCAGACAGAUUGCAAACAGAGUUCCGGAGAAGCAGAAGCUUUUUCAGGAGGAUAAUGGAAUGCCAGUGCAUCUUAAGGGUGGACUAGCAGAUGGUUUGCUGUAUAGAACCACCAUGGCUCUAACAGUUUUUGGAACAUGCUAUGCUGUUUAUGAGCUGUUUGUAGCUGCAAUGCCCAAGAAAAUGAAAUGAUUCCGGUUUACAAGAUGCCUCCUUAAUUACCAUCUGCUUGUCCAAUUUCAUGUAAUUCUUCAGGGAUCUUGCUUGUCCUUGUCAUAAAUGGUUGAUUUCAUGUUUGGGAUCAAUAUUUAUUGUAACAUGUUAACUGCAACCAAUAAAGCAGUUUUUACAUGAUUUUGUGUAAUUUGGGAAUCUGUCAAACACAGUCUACAUACGUAGAGUUCAGGUUCCGAACAAUGAAUGUGUAUUUAUUAAGUGUGACUAGCUGUGUUCAUUAUGAUAUGUGCUCUGCUUAAGCAGAACUCAUCUUGCAUAUAAAUUGCAAGAAAGGAAGAGUUCAGUAAAAAGUAUAAAAGUGUCUAACUUUGAUUUCUAGUUUAUUUGAAGUCUAAGCUAGUAAGACCUUACAGUAAUUUACAGGAAAAAUAAAAUCCUCUAAUCAAUAACUAGUUUUUAGUAUGACUAUCUUUGGUCAGAAAUGAAGAAAAUAUUCAAGUUGGAAGGUUUAAUUAGCCAUAUGUUAAGCUUUUUGGUUUUAAAAUAACAUGUUUAAAGUAUCUAGAAACUGAGAUAUUGCAGGAGGAGUAGAAUUUCCUAUGUGUUUUAAAAUAAUAACAGAAAGUAUCUUUUCUCUCACUGUUUCACCAAGCUAAGACAGCAUCAUUGAGCCUGCAAGGGAACACAGUAUACCUAUUAUAUAACGUUUUUUUUUUUGUGGUGGUGAUGGCAGGAACUCUUUUCGGUUAAAUUCACAUCACUGGUUGGUCGUCUUGGUGCUUUUUCUUAAAAAACACUUGUUUGUCUAUUUCAUUAAAUUCUGUAGCUUAUUUC